AUGUCAAUAAAAAAACUGAAGGUACAAAGCCAUGAAAUUGGUAAGGAAUGCGACUGCAAACGUUUACAGUGCUCCAGAAAGAUUCCUGUGGAGGGUAAACAAAAUAUUGUAAAGAGUUUCAAUCUUUUAGAGUCUACUGACAUACAAAACUCCCAUUUAUGUGAACUCAUUAGUAUUGUUCCAGUCAAAAAUAGACGACCUCGGCUGGAUGAAGAAAAUGCUCGUUUAAGUGAUGUUGUAGCUCUUUAUAAUAUUAGAUAUUUAUAUGAAAAUAAUUUUACGGAAUUAGAGGUGUGUCGAGAUGAGUUUAUAGCUUUACAUGGCAUCACCAGACGUAGAAUUGAGUAUUUACUCACAUCUUUGAAAAGUACUGGCAUACCUCCAACCGGUAAAAAAGAAAAACACUCAAAUAUACCAUUAAAACUGUCUAAUGAUACUCGUAAUAAAAUUAAAGGUAGAGACAGUCAUUAUAGUACCAAAGACUAUUAG